GUUAGUUUUUUUUGUAUCGACAACAGCAACACGCGAUUUGUAAUUUGUGCAUUACAAUUUUGCAAAAUUUACAAAGUGUGCACAUUAUUGUCAAAGAGAACACAUUGCACGAGAAUUGCUAACAGCCAGACAUGCAUCCCGAUCUCACUGAGCGCAUACUGCAACAACUGGAGCAGGUGGACAAAGUCGAUACACUCGAUCUUGCCACGCAAUUCAAUGUGGACCAUCAAAAGGUUGUCGGCGCCCUCAAGAGCAUACAGGCGCAUGGUGAGCUUGUCAAAGCGGAGACGGCCACACACAAGACCCUCGCUCUCACAGACGAGGGACAAUCGGUGGUGCAGCAUGGCAGCCACGAAGCAAUCGUUUAUGCCUCGGUGCCCGCCGAGGGAAUCGCUCAGGCCGCUCUAAUGGCUGCUGGCGGUGCCAAUGCCAAGGUCGGUUUCAGCAAGGCCAUGUCACAAGGUUGGCUGCUGCUCGACAAAACGGUGAAUCCGCCACUCAUUCGCCGCAAAGUCGAUCAGAUCGUCGACAGCGUUAAGGAGCAACUCGUAUUGGUGGCCAGCGGUAAGUUGCAGCUGCCCGCCAAGGAUGUAGCCGACUACAAGAAGCGUAAGCUACUACAAGAGACCACCACGAAGAGUUUUGUAUUGACCAAAGGUCCCGAAUUCGCCACCACGCUGACCAAACUGGAAACCGAUUUGACCAUGGAGAUGCUAAGCAGCGGCCUCUGGGAACAGCUCAAAUUCAAGUCGUACAACUUUGAUGCAUUGGGUGCGACACCAACGCGUGGCCACUUGCAUCCACUGCUCAAGGUGCGCACGGAAUUCCGACAGAUCUUUCUGGAAAUGGGCUUCUCGGAGAUGCCCACCAACAACUAUGUGGAAUCAUCGUUCUGGAACUUUGAUGCACUCUAUCAACCCCAACAGCAUCCGGCUCGCGAUGCUCACGACACAUUCUUCAUCAAUCGGCCAGCGCAAAGCUUCAAGUUUCCACAGGACUAUUUGCAGCGCGUGAAGAGCGUUCAUUCCACCGGCGGCUACGGUUCGCUGGGCUAUGGCUACGACUGGAAGCUGUCGGAGGCGCAGAAGAAUCUGUUACGCACGCACACAACAGCCGUGAGUGCGCGCAUGCUGUUCAAGCUGGCCAAUCAGGAGGGCGGCUUCAAGCCAGCGAAAUACUUUAGCAUCGAUAAGGUGUUCCGUAACGAGACGUUGGAUGCCACCCAUUUGGCCGAGUUCCAUCAGGUGGAGGGUGUCAUCGCGGAUGUGGGCCUGACGUUGGGCGAUCUGAUUGGCACACUGUACGAAUUCUUCCGUAAAUUGGGUAUCACACAGCUGGAAUUUAAGCCAGCUUACAAUCCGUAUACAGAGCCCAGCAUGGAGAUCUUUUGCUAUCACCCUGGCUUAGCCAAAUGGAUUGAGGUGGGUAAUUCGGGCGUCUUCAGGCCGGAAAUGUUGCUGCCCAUGGGUCUGCCAGAGAAUGUGAAUGUGAUUGCUUGGGGAUUGUCUCUGGAGCGUCCGACAAUGAUCAAAUAUGGCAUUAACAAUAUACGUGACUUGGUUGGUCCCAAGGUCGAUUUGAAGAUGGUGGAGGAAGGACCCAUUUGCCGUCUGGACCAUGUUUAGUUUUCUCAAUCUUUUUCUUUUCCUACACCUUUGCAUUUGCUAUUUAAAUCAAUUGAAAUGCUAUUUAAAAUGCCUGAUUCGAAAUUAGGCGCCUAGCGCGCGACUUACAAUAAAUGCUAUAACUGUGUUGCAGUGCUAGAAAAGC